AUAUUGCUCAGCAUGGAAAUGUCCACUCUCCUCACCAGUGCUCUGUGCGCGGUGCUGAUGCCAGUGCUGCUGCUGUGCAUUGCACUCAAGCUAUGGGACUUGUAUUUUCUGACUCACAGAGACAGAAGCUGCAAAUACCCUCUACCUCCUGGCACUAUGGGAGUGCCCUUCUUUGGAGAAACUCUAAAUAUGGUGUUACAGCGGAAAAAGUUUCUGACCCUGAAGCGUAAGCAGUAUGGGCGCAUCUACAAGACCCAUCUGUUUGGCACCCCCACAGUGCGCAUCAUGGGCGCUGAGAAUGUGCGCCAGAUCCUGCUGGGGGAGCACAAGCUGGUGUCGGUGCAUUGGCCAACUUCUGUGCGAACCAUCCUGGGUGCCGGGUGCCUGUCCAACCUCCAUGAUUCGGAACACAAAGAUAUGAAAAAGGUUAUCAUGCAGGCGUUUUCCCGGGAAGCCCUAGAGAACUACGUUCCUAUAAUCCAGGAAGAGAUGAGACGCACCAUACACUUGUGGCUGAACAGCGGCCCCAGCAUCCUGGUCUAUCCCGCAGUCAAAAGGCUCAUGUUCCGCAUAGCCAUGAGAAUCCUGCUGGGGUUCGAGCCGCACCAGAUGGGCAGCGAGCAGGAGCAGCAGCUGGUGGAAGCCUUCGAGGAAAUGAUCAAAAAUCUCUUCUCUCUCCCCAUUGACGUCCCAUUCAGCGGCCUCUACAGGGGUAUGAAGGCUAGAAACAUAAUCCACUCCAAAAUUGAAGAAAAUAUUAAAGAAAAACUACUGAAGGAACCUGAAGCCUUUCCCAAAGAUGCUUUACAAUUGCUGAUUGAUUAUAAGAAAAAGUAUGGAGAACCUGUGGAUUUAAAGGCUCUGAAAGAAUCUGCAACUGAACUUCUGUUUGGUGGACAUGGGACUACAGCGAGUGCUGGGACAUCUCUUAUAACCUUCCUUGGGCUUAACAAAGAAGUUGUUCAGAAAGUCCGUAAUGAGCUUGAGACCAUGGGCCUGCUGACCAACAAAGAUGGAGAAAGCGACUUGUCUUUUGAUAAACUGCAAAAACUUAAAUACACUUCAUGUGUCCUUAAUGAGACCCUUAGGCUCUGCUCGCCAGUUCCAGGGGGAUUUCGCGUUGCGCUCAAGACAUUUGUUAUUAAUGGGUAUCAGAUUCCUAAAGGCUGGAAUGUCAUUUAUAGUAUUGCAGAUACACAUGAUGACGCUGAGCUCUUUUCUGACAACAAAGAAGAAUUUAACCCAGAUCGCUUUUUAAAGACUUUUCCAAAAGACUCUUCAAGAUUCGGUUUCAUUCCAUUUGGUGGUGGUGUUCGGUGCUGUGUGGGCAAAGAGUUUGCCAAAAUUCUCCUGAAGACCCUCAUAGUUGAGCUGUGCAGGAGUUGUGACUGGGAACUUUUAAAUGGACCCCCAACAAUGAAAACUGGCCCCAUAGUUUGUCCAGUGGACAAUCUCCCUGUUCACUUCAAACCAUACAGUAGCACGUUGUAAAGCAUUUAUGUAUUAUGUAAAGAACAUAUAGCAUCUUAAUUGUAUAUAGUGGCUUUUGUAACUUCAUCAUUUUUAUAUUUAAUUUGUACAGCGCUGUAGUUAUUUAUACUUUUUGUACAGCUAGUGUGUAUGUGUGGGUUCUUCAUCAGCAUGGGUCAAAAGUGGCAUGUUUUAGAGAAGCCAUUUAUUAAAAAAAAAAAUACCCAUUUGUAGAAGAAUUGUUGGGUAUGCUUGUCUUAAAGAUAUUUUUAUUUUGUUGUAAAUAUAUUUUCAUAUCAUAAUAAAGCAUAAAUAAUCCAUGGUAAAA